GCAGGCAAUUUUUUGCUUUUACAUUUUUUGCGACACAAGAUGCGGAGUUGGUCUUAUAUUUGAGUAAAUAAGGUACUGUACUAUGCCUGGAUCGCGCGCCGACAGCCUUCACAUUGGCUCGAACGUCUCACUUGUUCGAACGCGUCGACUUACGCAUUGAGCGUUGAUCGAAUUACGAGUUAGUGUCGACGAUGAAUCAAACCCGAGACGAACCCGUCGCGCUUUUCCAAAAUUACUCCGCGGUGCUGUUGAACUUCGCUGUUGGCUGCUGCAUCUUGUUCAUGAGCCUCGGCAUUCCCGGCAACAUCUGCACCAUAGCUGCGCUGCACCGUUCCAAGAUUCACAGUGCGACGGCGAUAUUCAUCAUCAAUUUGAGCGUUUCCGACUUGAUGUUCUGCUGCUUCAACAUCCCGCUGGCAACGUCGUUAUACAUGAAUCGCAAGUGGAUCCACGGCGAUGCUCUUUGUCAGCUGUACCCGUUUUUCCGCUAUGGACUAGUCGCUGUGUCCAUUUUCACAGUCCUCGCCAUCACCAUCAACCGCUACAUUAUGAUCGCGCACCCGCGCUGGUAUCGCACGAGAGCCGUCGCCGGAGAACACGGGGUUCAUUCACAACCGCUCUCCGCCACUCCAUUCACGCUCUGA